AUGACAACCCUACAGCUGGUCCGCUUUCUCGGCAUCGUAUGGCAGGGGUACUUGCAGAUGGUGAUGCUUCCCGUUCUCAACGCUGUUGGCACGGCACUCCCCACGCUCGUCUCGGCCUUCACUCUCAGGCAGACCCGGGUGUUCGUGCUUGGCGACCGCCUUGACGCACGUGUGCGUUGGUUUCGACUGAUAACAUCCCUGCCCGAGUACACUUUCUAUGAGUAUUUACGGCGAGUCUGGAACCUCCAGCAGUCCCGCACUCGAAUGAUCGUGGAGCAGGUGAACGAGAGGCUGAAGACCAAAUGGCGCAUCCUGGACGGGCGCCUCGAGUGCGACGUCAUCCGCGCCCCGCAGGUCGUAUCCAUCUGCAUCGUGCUUCACAACAUCGACCUCAUCCUCGGCUUUCGUCACCGCCUGAACGAACCUCGUGAGCGCUACACUUGGUGGCUGGAAGGACCCGUUGCGGAGGCCCCGCAUUUCUCGCCGCGCGAUGCGGGCUUUACUCCGACUCGUCGUCGAUCUCGCCUGGCGGCGUACUUCUACGCUUCCUGGAGGCUCGGGCAUCUUGAGCUCUCUCAACCAUCUCUUGGGUACGUUCUAAAAACUCAUCAAAUUGGUCCCGCAUAA